UUACUAGCCCGUAAAGAACAUCGAUCGUAAAAAAUGGGUUUCUGCCCAUACUUUUUAUCUUAUCUCACAUAUCCCUAUGUUUGAGGGACCAAUCAGCAUCGUCAAUGGGGUAGGUAAGAUCACUAUAAGAGAGCAAUCAUAUCAUCGUAAACAAACAGAGCACUUUGUGAUCUCUCUAAUCUAAUGGCUUCUUCUUCUUCUUGUUCAUCCUCCGUAAGCUUUGGAGUGAUUUUGGUGUGGUUAAUGAGUUGCUUUUCGUAUGGUAAUGGAUGCUAUACGUCCAUCAUCAGCUUUGGUGACUCCCUUGCUGACACUGGUAACCUUAAACAGCUUGGAUCCAUAUCAAACCGAGAAGUGUUUCCACUUCUUUUACCGCCUUACGGUGAAAACUUCUUGAAUCAAUCUACUGGCCGUUGUUCCAAUGGCCGCCUCAUCAUCGAUUUCCUUGCUGAAAGGCUCGGGUUGCCGCUGACACCACCAUUUCUACAAGACAAUGGGAACAACAACAUGGUGACAUUCAAACAAGGAGUGAAUUUUGCAGUAGCGGGUGCAACAGCAUUGGAUCCAUCAGUUCUUGAACCAAGAGGGAUUGUAAAUCCCAUGACAAAUGCGUCUUUAGGAGUUCAGUUAGCAUGGUUUAAACAAUCAUUGCCUUCUAUUUGUGGCAACGAAUCAAAUUGUAGAGAUUUUAUUGGACGAUCUUUGAUCCUCGUGGGAGAGAUUGGAGGAAAUGAUUACAACUAUCCAAUUCUUUGGGGACAACCAAUCGAAGAGGUUGAAGUACUUGUUCCGCUUGUUGUUGAUACCAUCAUCUCAACAAUCAAUGAAUUAAUUGGAAUGGGUGCCAAGACACUAGUUGUUCCAGGAAACUUUCCAGUUGGAUGCUCUGCAUCAUAUUUGACAGUUUGCGGUUCACAGAAUGAAGAGUAUGAUCCUAAAACCGGUUGCCUCGUUCGGUUAAACCAGUUUGCUGAAUACCACAACAAACUGCUACAAACAAAGUUAAAGCAAGUCCGAGAUCUUCAUCCUGAUGUCAACAUCUUCUAUGCCGAUUACUACAAUGCUGCAAUGGAAAUCUACCGUUUUCCAUAUAAAUACGGGUUCACGAACGGAGCUUUGAAGGCGUGUUGUGGAGGUGAAGGGCGGUAUAAUGUCGACCCAACAGUGCAAUGUGGAGAGGUAAGUGCAACCGUGUGUGAUGAACCCGAUACACACGUCAGUUGGGACGGAAUACAUCUAACCGAAGCGGCAUACCGAGUAAUUUCCAAGAAUUUGUUUUCUACACCUCAGUUUAAUUCAUUGUGUUCUACAUCAACUUCAGGAGUUGGAUUAUCAGGUUCUUUGUAAGCAAUGUGUUUGAAACUUUUGUAACAAACACAAUUUAUAAAUCUAAUGUAACUUAAGAGUGUUACUAUUUUAUAUAGUUUGUAUUAUGAUUUUA